UUAAAGGUCACGUCAAUCCCUCUUUUUUCCAGGGCUAAGGUUCUCAAUUUCAAUUCCAAGGAAAUCGAACUAGGGUUUUAGAUUUUCACUUCACAGUGAACAGACGACGACGAGGGUAAUGGGAAGGCACAGAAGCCGUAGCAGGAGUUACAGCCCCGUACGACGUAAACGCUACGACGAACCACGUGACCGUCGCUGCGACCGUCGCUCUCCCGCACCCUCUGGCCUUCUUGUUCGUAACAUCUCCCUUAGCGCCAGGCCAGAAGAUGUCAGGGUCCCCUUUGAACGUUUUGGUCCCGUAAAAGAUGUCUAUCUGCCCAAGAAUUACUAUACUGGGGAACCACGAGGAUUUGGCUUCGUGAAGUUCCGUUAUGCCGAAGAUGCAGCUGAAGCAAAAGCACACUUAAACUGUACAGUUAUUGGUGGACGUGAAAUUAAAAUUGUUUUUGCGGAGGAGAAUCGAAAGACCCCUCAAGAAAUGAAUAGGGUUUUACGCACAAGCGGACCUAGUGCUCGAGGCAGCUACAGGAGACACAGUCCACAAAGGUUCCCAAGUCGCAGAUAUCACUCUUACUCGCGCUCGGCUUCCCCAGCACGACGUGACUCAAGAAACAGGGAUCGUGAAAAUCGGGAUGAUUACUAUUCUCCAAGGAGAUGCAGGUCAAAAUCUCCGUCUGUUUCUCCAAGGGAUGAAAGAGAUUAUAGGUUGAAUGGAAGAUCUUCAAGACAAUCCCGGCAAAUGUCCAGGUCAAAUUCUCCACGCAUUCAGAAAAAAGGUAGGUCCAAUCCGAGUCCAAGAGAUAAUAGUCCGAUAGCUCAUGAUUUGGACUCUGCCCCAAGGAGGCUCGAUAGACCUGGAAGAAAUGUAGACAGCUCAGCCAGAUCUCGCUCUAGGUCCUACAGGUUUGUGAAACAUUAAAUUGAACUAGCCUGUACAAUGCAAGCCAUUUCGAUAUUUUAGUACUCUGUAUGCAUUUGUUCCUUCAUGUACACAUACAGCUGUCCUUUUUUGGUGGUUCGAAGGGCUGUUAUGGAUAUACUAUGACAUAGCAGCUCAAAUCAGCACCCUUUUGGUAGAGAGUUGGUGUUUGAGGCUUUGAGCUGUUGCUACUAAAUGACGCGAGAUAUGACUUGUCAUUUUAUGGCCUUUAUGGAUAUCCCAUGACAUACAGUUGCUGAUCAUGAUGAUAGUAGGUGACUACUGGAGAAAAGAUUAGAAAAGCUUUUUGUGGUCGGGUUGUAUUUUUUACCAGCUUCCUACUAUAAAAAUGCUGCUAACCUGGUUUCUUUGACGAUUUCCCCUGAUUUGACUGCUGUUUCCCCCCCCCCCACCCU